CGCGUUUUCCAUGUCCUCAUCCCCCAAAAACAAUGUCGUCGGAACACUUGUUGUCGUGGUCCUCGAGGCCAUGCACCUCACGAACAAGAAAGCUAUUGGCAAGCAAACCCCCUACUGCGUCGUGAGCUUCAACGGCGAGAAGCAGCGCACUCGAGCUAUCAACCGCGCUGGGCAACGCGCGCACUGGGAUCAAGAGCUCCGCUUCACCCUCUACGAGUCCGAAGGCUCGAGCAGCCUCGGCCCCCAAUCCUCAGACACCCCACCCGAACUCCCACCCAAGCAAGAGGACGGCCCGCCGAAAAUCAAGGGCGGCUUCAAGAUGCAGGUCGCCUGCUUUGCCGAGGGCCUCAAAGAGCCGGACCUCAUCGGCCAGACGACCGUCGACCUCACGCGUGUGUUGACCAAGGGCGAGCAUGAUGACUGGUUCGAUUUGUCGCACAAGGAUAGGUUUGCGGGGCAAGUGUCGCUGCAGAUGACAUUCUGGUCGAAUUUGAAGCCCCCUCCGAAGAAAACCAAGAAGAAGGCGAGGAAGAGCGCUGCUUACGGUGGACCUGGCGUCUUCGUCGGCCCUGACGGUGGGGAGAGCUCAGACUCGAAACAAUCCCGGCGCAAGUCCACUGCGACUGAGUACGAGCUUUACACGGCACCCUAUGAGGAACCCCCUCCAGUUCCAUCCGUCGAGAAAUUGGCGGAAAAUAUGGGCUCCUUGCGCGUACAAACGAAUGGUACAGGACACCAGUCCUUCCCUUCGUAUGACUCCCCGUACCCUGCACCCAGCCCAGGGGGACCGGCGACGUUUCCUAGCACGCCAACAUAUCAGCCGCCGCUCAACGCCUACCCUCCUCCGUCGGCGGACCCUUACGUCCAACAUGAGGCGGUGGUGCACUCGCGUCCUCUACCUACUCCAGGCUCUGCCGCGCCCCCGCCUUCAUGGGGUGCCUGGCCACCUCCUAGUGCGCCUCCGUCAGCGACCGUGCCGCCGCAGACAUGGCCGACAGGCGUCCCGUCGUACCCAGAUGGGCCGAAUGGGCAACCCGUGCCUCCGCCUAGGACUCGUGCGUUGUCCGUGGCGCCUCAACCCACACAGCGUCCUCGUAGUCGCGCGAUGUCUAUGGCGCCACAGCCAUCGGGUAUGGCCGCUGCUCAGCAUCCUCCAAUGCCUCCACCGCGCAGUCGUACGCUGUCCACAGCACCUAUGCCACCUAGCAGGUCAGGGUCCUUCCCACCGCCAGUGCCUCCUGUGCCGCCACUCCCGACCAUGACGCCUGGUCUCCCACCUUCGGCGACACCCAUGCCUCCACCGCGAAGUCGGACGCUCUCGACCGCGCUCAGCACCCUUGGGCCGGGUACGCUUGGUGGGCUCGGUGCAGCUGCGCUUAACGCACCACCCGUGCCACAAAUUCCCGCGCAGUACGCACAACAGUCAGUGCCCCCUGUCCCACCGAUACCUGCGCAAUUCGCGUCGUCGUCAUCGAGGCCGCUACCUCAGCCGCACCAAGCGCCGCCGCAACCUCAGCAACAACAGUCCCUUCACCAUCAUCACUCGAGCGAGUCCUAUUCUUCGCUCGCUGGUGUGCAACCCGGGGAAUACCUGCCGUCGAAUGGGUAUGCGCAAUACGAUGGACAGGGCUACGAUGCGCAGACGUACGACGGUCAGCAAAGCUACGAGGUUCAGCAACCCGGGUACGAGGCAUACGACGCGCAACAGCAGGCCUACGAUGCACAGCAACCUGUGUACGACUCGCCGCAGGAGGAGCCACUGCCAAAUCCUUUCGACCAGCAGUACAGCACGCCGGAUCCCCAACAGCAAUAUGGUGUGCCUGCUCCCGCGGUUCCGGACCCUCCACCCCGCCGACGCACGAACACGCUCCGUAUCGCACCCGGGCAGUCCAGCAUGCCCUACAUCCCGCACGAGUCCGAGCUCUUCCCGCCCACGCAACAGCGGGAACGCUCUCGCUCUCCAGGCGCGCACGGACGGUCGCAAUCCGUGCAAGCCCGCCCGCCCUCAGUGCAUCCUGCUCAACCGACGCAUGCGCGGUCGCCGUCGGUGCAAGCUGGGAGGCCGCCAUCAUCGAUGCAUACGCGGGCGCCGUCGGGCCAGGCGAGACCGCCCUCGUCUGCGGCGCAAGCGAGGGCGGUGUCGGGACAUGCGAGGACGACGUCUGGGCAUGCGAGACCGCCGUCCGCGGCUCAUGGGCGCUCGCCUUCGGGUCAUCUACCGCCGCCGUCGCCUGUGCCGCCGAUGCCCCAGCGCACGUCGCCCAUGCCUCAGGGGGCGUCGCCCGUCCCUCCGUUCGCGCAGCCGAUGAUGGCGAAUCAGUCGACGCAGUCCCUGGAUAUUCCGCGAGCGCGAAGGGCGUCGAAUGCCUCCUCGUCGUCCAGGCUGUCCUGGCAUAGCGGGUCGUACCAGGAUAGUGGGAUGGCGUAUUCCGAGAACGGUACCGUUUACCAUCAGGAUGGGGGCUCAUACCCGGAAAACGGUAUACCUUAUCAAGACUCGGGUAUGGGCUACGCAGACGGCGGGGCAUAUCAGGACUCGGGCAUGGGAUAUGCGGACGGCGGAGGCUAUCAGGACUACCAGGACACCGGCGGCUCCUACCAAGACGUCGCGUACCAGGAUACCGGCAACAGCAUGUACGCGAGCCAGGAGAUGGGCCAGCAGCCCUAUUACGACCAGUACGCCUCCGUGUCGAGUCACAAUAGCCUCGGCCAGUCGAGCCAACACAGCAGCGGGCAGUACUCUAUGGCGUCGAUGGCAUCGAAUCGCUCGGGGCAGAGCGUGAGGUCGAACCGGAGUGGAAUGUCGGCGAUGAGUGGGAUGUCUGGGAUGUCGGGGCAUAGUGGCAUGUCGGGGCACAGUGCGAUGUCAGGGAUGUCGGGGAGGAGCGCGCUGUCGGGGAUGUCUGGCCAUAGCGGGAUGUCCGGGAGGAGUGGGAUGACCAGCGCGAUGUCGAAUCACAGCGGGAUGUCCCACCAUAGUGGGAUGUCGGGGCAGUAUCCGGCGCAUGCUGUUCAGCGGCGUGACUACUGAGCCUCGAUGCCUGUACGGGUCCGUAGCGCAACGCUUACAUGAAGGCCGUCGAGGCUCAGAACAUCUGCGCUGCGCCUAACCAACUUCGAAAACUAUCUAUUUCUCUCCACGAUCACUUCACAACGGACUAUUCUAUCUCAUCCAGCAUAUAUACUUUAGAUGUCCAUCCGUGUAGUUGCUCGUCCUGUCCACAGUGCUUUCGAUAUGUUACGUGCAAUGCUAUACAUGUUUUCGCUGAAAUGCUCAGGGCAGUCAGGGAG